AUGCGUUUACCAACUACCUUCGCCAUCCUCGCUUCUCUCCAUACCCUCGUUUCCGCGCAAAGUUUCACAGAUGCCCUCGAUGGAGCCGCACCCGUCUCCCAAAAUGUCGCCGGUGUAGCUGUUCUCGCACUACGACAAGCAAUCGAUCUCUGUGGCAGUAAGCUUCUCCAGAUUCCUUUCUAUUUCACCACUCUAUACCCGUGCUAACAACACCCUCACAGAUGGAAGACAAUGCGUCAACUCCCUCUGCUGCCAGGUCAGCUACUGUAUCCCCCUAGAUGCGCAGUGCUGUACCACCGGAAAAUACUGUCCCUUAGGUACGGAAUGUGUUCUCGUUAAUGGAAAGCAAAGAUGUCGGGAUCCUAAUGGGUCGGAUGUUGGGGAUGAGAGUGAUGGGAGUGGGACUAAGAGUUCAGCGGAGAGGAGAGAGGGUGGGGUUAUGGGUGCAUUGGUGGUUGCGGGGAUUGCGGCGCUUCUGUAA